ACGGCAGAAGUUAGUUGUGGCGGCACCUACCAACAUUUUUCAGAACUUCCGCUUGCUUUGCACUUGAUUCUAAGCCGCAGGCGGUUUUUUGGAUUACAAAAAGCGGAAAAAAAUGCGGCUUAGAUUCGAGUAAAUACGUUGGAUGCUGUGGAUCUUGACAAAGAAAUUGCAGCAGUAAUGAAAAAUCAGAUCUUGACAGUGACAAAGUUUAUGAAGGUUGGAUUCCUUGGCCGAUGGGAACCAGAAAUUGAGGCCGCUCUUAGCUACAUAAUUUGGAAGCUAUCUGUUGAGAAGAAUCACACUACUUUUGGUAUGCAAUUAUUGGGAACAAGAUUUGCUGGUCAACCUAACAGACAGCGAUUGGUAAUGUUGGCCGUAUUGACUAUUGGCUCACGUUACUUCAAGCAUCGCUGGCCAGAUAUUUCCAGGCAAUGGAAAUUGGGACUUCAGGCUCAACGAGCAGUAGACUGGAUAGAGACAACAGUGUUGAUUCUGCAAUUCUUAAACUUACUGCUUUUCCUACACCAAGGUCGCUAUCCGACACUCACUUCACGCCUGCUGGGCCUUCAUGUUGAACCUGUUAGGGUGACUCGCAGGGUUGGAUACUCUUUCAUGGUCCGUGAGCUGCUGUGGCAUUCUUUUAGUGAGAUUUUAAACCUUGCACUGCCACUUAUUAACACUAUUACGAUACGACGAUGGUUUAACUGGCUAAGAAGAAGUCGGGGUACAAGUGGAAGAUAUCAACAGCCAAUUGUCAACCCUGUUUUUACAACAACAACACGGUGUGCUGUUUGUAAUGAGCCUCCUAUUCAGCCACAAUGUAUUGGGUGCACUCACGUUUUCUGCUACUACUGUGUGCAGGCUAAUGUGCUUGCAGACCCACAGUUUGAGUGUCCACUCUGCGGUUUUUGUAGUGAUGGUACUGUCAGAAAUGUUCCACAGUAAUUGUGAUACACACCAUAAAAUGUACAAAAAUGGAAAUAUUUUCCAAUAAAGCUUUUUCAUGUAUUGUA